AUGUUCCCAGCUGCACGCUCAUUAAAAGAUACAGGAAGUGCACGCGCUAUACGUGUAAAUAAAAUGCUGCAAAUCAAAAUGCAAAGCGAAGAGAUAAGACGGGACAAACUUGUGGCCAGCGGACCACUUCCUAUUUCAAGUGCGGUGGGCAGAGCAGUAAAAAAGUCACAGAGUGCGGAGAGAAAUAAGCUCUUGAGCAGAAAAACUUACCACAAAAAAACCGCAGGUAUAUUUCCCCCUCACGGUAAAGUCAAAGAGGACACACCAGGUGAGAAGUCGCCGUCCUCUACACUCGCAGAGAUCUUCGCACGUGACUGUCCAAGUUCACCAUAACGUAGAGAAAAUGAACAACAAGCUGCAGAGUAAAUAAAAAGCUCAAUAUUCCUCCGCUGGGCACUGCUGUCGGAGAAACACACACACACUCUCUCUCCUGCUGUCUCCAGUCAACGCCGCUGUUAUUACUAAUGCAACAGAGGGAAAAGCAGUACACCGAGUCCUGUUUGAAUGACGCGCAAUGCGAGGAAGACGCGGCUUGUUUUUUUCUUUCGUUACGAGUCAAACACACACACACAUCAAGCUGUAUCCCAGCAAUUUGGGACUAGAAACCCCCCCGGGGGAGGCACUUGCUUGUGCGCGGAGGUGUGUUGUUAUUUUUGGGCGUACUGCGACCCCGUGUGACGUCAGGGCCACCUGCAAACAAAAGUAUUUUUUUUUCUUUUUUUUUUUUUUUUGUAAAAGUUUGUUCCCCUUUUUCACGGUGCCGUAUUUCCUUAACAAUAGUUGUUGACUGUUGAGUAUUCAGCUCCUUGUUGUACGACGUUUGUCACGCAUUGUUGUAGUCGAGGGGAUUGAACCGUAACCUUCCACUAACGGGACGGUUCCUCUCUGACCGAGAAAGGCAAGUGCGCCCUGAAACACUAUCAGAGAAAGUUGUGAGUGUUUGAGGAAGAUCACACACAAGUCCCUUUUGUUGCAAAUAUAAGAAAGAGGGAGGAAUCAAAAAGCGAUAUACAUUUUCAGGCACUGUUCCUGUGGUGUUUCCAUAGGCUAUACCAGCUCAGUUUAAGGGGUUUUCUACCAACCAACCAUUCAACUCAACGGCGUGGAAACCAAACGCUGUUUUUCAUAUUGGUGUUUUCCUCUUUUGUUUGAGUUAGAAAGUGCUUCACAUACAGGAAAUACGCAAUCACUCUUUUUCAAAUAAAAGCAGAGAAAAACACACCGAUGGAAAAAUAAAAAAAUGGCAUUUGUGCAACUUUUAAAGCUAAAUAUUAUCACCAGAAAAUAAAAAAAUGAUCAUAAAAGCUUCAACAUCUUUAAAACAGGACAUAAACUGGACUCCCAGCAUCACUUGUUGAGACAUAUUUAAAUCCUAAAUUCCAAAUAAACCUUUAUAAAUAUAUUAAAACACACUCGAGCACAGAAUCAGACAGGGUAAAACAAACGGAACUGUAGUACGUUGUAGUAAAAUUGCAAAUACUCCUACAGCUUAAUAAUGUCGAGAUAUGUAUGCAGGAUGUAUUUUAAUGUGUACAUUUUGGUACCGAAAUGUCUAAAUUCCUUCACAUAAAUUAAUAAGUGUACAUGAUAUCCACGAUGAGAAAUAAAGGAUGAUAUAAAGACAGUGUUUGGCUGUCAGGAUUUUCUUACCUCUUGUGUGAAAGCUCUCCAGCGUUAUUUAUCCUACAUUUAUCUCCAGAUCCGAAGUCAGUCACAGCCUACUUUGAGCAGGAGUUGAUCGCUUUCGCUUUAUUCUGCCUCGUUUUUUCUUUCCUUUUCCUUUUUUCCCUCAAAGCGCUCAGAUGUUCCUGGUCAAUAAAUAAAUGACCAUUUUUUUAUCAUCAAAAGUAGAUAAGAAAGAAAGAGGACAAGUUUAAAACCAUGUGAAAGACCCGAUUAUUUUAGGUUUUAUCUUCUCUUAUUCUGUAAGUAAACAUUCAUGAUGUUAUUUUACGUAAUUUACACCAUUAAUGAGCAAUCAUACUAAAAUCUAGUUUAAGAGGUUUUAAUUUUCCCCCUAAAUUAAAGAAACUCAGCUUAAAGCGUGUGUUAACAUGCUCCAUGUGUCUAUUUAAAUAUAUGUAAAUAAAGCCUCUUUUUAUCGACUGGUGAGGUGAGACACUCCACUUCUUUAUUCCUCACCUAAAACAAAACUAUCAGGUUUUAUAAACGUCUUUAUUUUCACAUUAGGAUAUUCUGCAUCGGUGAUAUCUCCCCCAAAAUAUCCAAACUCGGCCUUGCUUUCGUGAUAAAAAAAGCAAUAAUUUGAUUUAUAUUAAAUAAAUCAAAUAAAAAGUAUAAUUUUAGUUGAAGCGGAUUUAUAAGACAUAUUUCUCGCGAGGUAAUGGCGAUUGUCCUAUUCUCCUGUUUUUAUUUUUGCUGCUGUUAUUAUUUGCUGUUUGGAAAUCCGACAAAUAAAAACAGGACAACUGCAUCUGGAGAGUGAUGAGGAGAGAGAAAACAAGUCUAAUGGAAUAGUGGUGGAAUGCUGCCACCUUCUGGUCAUUUGUGAUAAGUGUUUGAUUAAAGAUACACAAGAACGGUGUCCUCAGAGCCUAAGGAGAGUUUAGUUGUUCCCUCCUUCCUUUUAUAUUAAAUGUUUUCCCUCUAACGUUAUGUUCUCACUCUGAAUUCACUCUUAUGAAAAUAGGCAAAACUCAACAUGCAUAUUCAACUUCCUGGGGUGAAGGUGAAACCGCUGAAGUGGUUUUACGCUGAUCACUUAGUGCCAUCUACUGAUCUACAGAGGACACUGGCAGACAAGUGGACAGAUUUAAAAAAUCAAAAUAAGUGAAGAAACACUACUCAGUUUGUUAAAUUUUGUCAGGUGAACUCUUUGUUUCUAAAUUGAUCAGUAGUUUUCAGAAUAAACUAUCCCCAGUAUUUGUUUCCGUCUUCAUCAAUUUUUCAUUUGUUGCUGCAGGAACCUCUGGAUGAUGUUUGUGUAUGUUUUCUGCCUUACAUGGUACAAUUGUGACCAGCAUCUGUGGAUGAUUAGUUAUUGUUUUUAAACCCUACACAACCUUUUCAGUGUUUUGUUGUUCUUUUCCAAACAGGAGAUGUUUCUGGAAUCAAAUUCAAAAUAUGCAUUCAUUUUACCAUUUGAUUUUUUUUGCAGUUUUCAAUGAAUUGUACCCCUAAAUUUAUUUGGGACGAUCAAAUUGUGUUGUUAUCCACAUCUUAUACAACAGCUUAACUCUUAUGAAAUUAGAGCUGUUUACCUGCUUAUACAAAAGAUGUAAAGACUAACCCUGGAUGUGAUUUUUUUGAAGGUAAAGAGAGAACCUCCUUGACUUUACACUGCAGAAUUAACUUUCCUACCAGGACCCCAACCCAAUCUCAUCUGUGAAAGGCUGUAAAUACAGAAUUGCAGCCAGUCUUAAAAAUGCUUUUGUUUUUUGAGUACAGUUUUGCUGCAUAUUGAGGAUUAGCCAGUAUUUACAAUUGAAGAGGAACACACAUGCAGAGUUGGCCACGUUUCCACCACCACCAAAGUGUGACUGUGUGAGCGAAUGAAUGAUGUAUCCAAUGUAUAGCGCUUUGAGGGUCUCUGAUAAAGCGCUAUAUGAAAUCUGAUGCAUUAUUAUUAUUAUUAUCUGCAAAAAAAUAUCAGUUGUUAUUUUUUUCUAUUUACAAAUGAAGAUAAAAAUAUAAAAUUUAAAAUAAAGAAUUAAAAAAGAGGGGCUGUAUUCAAUGUCCACAAUUAAAAAAGAGAUCUGUAGGUCCUUAAUCCAAACACAGAGGCCUCUCAGAUGUACUUCCUAAAGUCAGUGAACUUAAGUUAUUUACAGGUGAAUCAUCUUUACUUUGUUUUCCAAAAUACACCGAUGAUUUCUGCUAUCUGAUAUCUACCUUUUUCCAGGAUAGCAUUACAGAUUUGUUCACAAACACUUGAAUGAAUCGUAUUUACUUUCCCUCUUUUCUUGACCAAUUUGACUACUGCCACUGAAGUAUCCAAGAGAUACAGUAUCCUAUGAUCUUUCAGCUUUCAAACUGAACACAACAGAGUGGCAGAAUAAAAUUUCAUUAAGUCUUCACACCUGAGGGGACUAGAAAAAGAAGAUGGUCAGAGAAACAGUUUCAAAUACAAAGAAAAUAAUGCUACAUAAAACUAGUGACUUUAUGCAGCCUACAUGUUAUUUUUACUUUUUGAUGAGGCAAAGAGCUAACUUAAAGCUUCUAUGAGGAGAUUUUUCUUACCUUUAUGAAGUACACUGAAAUUCAUAUUGAUGUAAUUUCAUGAAAUCCAAAAUCAAACAAGACAAUCAGCAAAAAGAUUGAAGAUUUUUCUAAAUUUUUCAAGAUGUUGUAUUAUUUUUUAUACCUCAUAUUGCUGCGAGAGGGGUAGGUGUCAAAUAAGCAACCGCAGAAACAGCUCUGUUUUUACAAUUUCCAACCAAAAUACUCACAAAACUUGAGUGUCAAAAGUCCGUAGAAUUACUUUUUUUAUUCUUCAUAUUUGUCUGACUGAAUAAGCAAGUACUGUUUUGUCCACAGGGGGGUGCCAAAGUUGAUACAAACAAGAAGUUCCUCACAGACGCUUAAAUGAAAAAGUCAAUCCAUAUGUAGACUCAUAUCUCUGCUGUUUCAUGACUGUUUUUUCACAAUGCCACAGAGACUGUAAAGCUUAAAUUUAAGAGUAAAACUGGAAAAAUUUCACAUUUGGCAAAACAUCAUAUUGACACCACAAUUAAGUUAAAAUAAGUUAUAUUCCUAAUUCAUUUCGGCAUUUUAACAUCCGUUGUAACCAGUUGUGUAUAUCUGUAGUUUGGUGUUAAUUUUUUAAAAACUUGUUUUUUCAACAUUUGUUACAGUUUCUGUUGGUUUAUCUUUUUUUGUAAAGCCCCAUUAAUUGUUGCGUUAAGAGUUAAAUAUGUUUCGGCCGUCUAGUUUUUGUCACCUCAUUUGUUUUUAUAAAAGUCAGAAACCUUGAUAGACCCCUCUAAAAGUAAAUCCCUGGUGCUCAAUGAAAUCUAGAUUCUCAGUCAUUCAUUUCGUAAAUAGCAACCAUAUUGUGUGAGGAUGACUGAAGGGAUAACUGGCCUUCCCUGCUCUCGUUAUUCGUGUCCUAUUAAUAGGCCUGGCUCAGACUCACUGUGUUCAGCUGUAACCAAACUCCAUCUGUCAAGUCACGUCCUCUCCGUGCUCUGCCUCUACAGUAUCAGAGCAGCCAGGCUGGGGGCACUCUGCUCUGUGCCACCCUCCGAGCCAGACAGACAGCAAGACGGGCAGACAGCUGCCCCUCACACCAUCCCACGUUAUGGAGGCUCUGUACAUGCAGCCCUUUGAAGAAGUGCUGAUACUGAAGGAGCAGGAACAGGAAAAAAGUGGCCGACAGGAAGAGGAAGGAAUCGACGCCUCAGAUGAGGAAACAGAUGAGGACUCUGAACCAGAACCCCCCUCGGUCAGUCGUAGGAAGGUGUCCUUCGCAGAUGCAUUUGGCCUUGACCUGGUUUCAGUUAAGGAGUUUGACGAUGUUGAGGUGACAGGGUCAGAGGUCACCCCUGUCCCUGAGAGUGAGGGGACUCUUGCGUCAGAAGAGUUUUACAUGUCAAGUCUGUUCGCAGUCCCCUCAUGCGCUGAAGAGCUGGACCACAGGCUGCAAGCACAGAUGGUCGAGCUGGAAAGCAUCGAGCUACUUCCGGGAACCACCACGCUCCGUGGCAUCAUCAGGGUGGUCAACCUCUCCUACAGUAAGUCAGUUUACGCCCGGAUUACCUUUGAUCGCUGGACGAGCUACAUUGACCUGCUGGCGGAAUACGUGCCUGGAUCCAGUGAUAGAAAAACAGACAGGUUCACAUUUCAGUAUCAUCUGAUUCCUUCUUUUGAGAAAGAAGGGACCAGAGUGGAGUUCUGUCUGCGCUACGAAACUUCAGUGGGAACUUUUUGGGCGAACAACCAUAAUAUGAACUAUGUGCUGUUCUGCCACCAGAGGGGACAUGUACAGGAGCAGGGGCCUCAAGUGCAAGAGGAGAGUAGCAGCUACAGGAGCAAGAGGAGCUGUCUCAGAGCUAACCGGUCAGAGAACCUCCAAUCUUUUUUUAAACAUAGCUCAAUGGAUGUAAGUCAUGUCCUCCUUGUACAUCAACAAAAGCUGCCUUUGCACAGUAAUCAGAGUGUAUUCAGUCAGUGCAAACUUAGCAGAGAAGUUCAAUUAUUCUACAGGAGGUAAUCUGUUUUGGGUUCUUACUGGGGCUGAAGAAAACAUCCCAAAUAACUGCUGUGCAGGAGCAGAGUUUGAAACCUGACACAGUGUCGGAGUCUGUUACUCCAUACUGCAUGAAGCAGCAGCUAAUGUUUCCAUCCAGCAGGGCCUUGUGUGAGUGUGAGUGUGUGUGUAAAGUAAGAUGUUAUGUAACUUUCACUUGUUGAUGUUCAGACUCAAGAACUCAUAUUUUUGCCCAUUUAAGGUCAGGUGUCUGCUGGGAUUCCAUGACAUCCUGAAAUGCCAGGGGAUGCUGGAUAUGCCCAUUUUAUCCUCUUGGACACUGUUACCCAAAUCGCCUAUUUUAAGCUCACAGCUCCUUUUUUUUUUCCCCACAUGUAUGCAUUAACAUAAAAGAAGAUAUGAAAAUGUCAAGAAAUCCUGUCGAAUUAAAGAUUUCUAUCAAACUCACAGAAGGGAAUACGCACAAACACUCAUCACAAAGCCUAAAAUGCUGUGUUAAACUCUAAAAUGAGACACUUCUCAAUAAAACAUUAGCAAUGCUUUGUCAAAGAGUUAUUAAACACGUUGAAAACAUGUCGGAAAAGACAGCAGAGCACAAAAUCAAAAGCUGAGAAACACUAGAACAGAGUGUGAUUCAUAGCUGUAAACCAUAGCUGUGAGCUUAUGUAAUGUUAUUGCUACUUUGUUUUGAACCACAGGAGGGGAAGUGCACAGGAAAAGGCCUUGGAGACCAGUUACACAUCAACAGUUCUUGCAGGUGUGCACACAUCUUGUUUAUACUGUAUGUUUGUGUGCAUGCGUAGAUGUGUGUGUGUGUGUGUGUGUGUGUGUGUGUGUGUGUGUGUGUGUGUGUGUGUGUGUGUGUGUGUGUGUGUGUGUAAGUGUGCAAGCAAACUUUGACCCUGUUUGUGUUUUUUGCAGAGGGAGGGGCUGCACAUAGAGCACAGGAGGCGGACAUAAAGACAAAAGACGGUGCAAAGAUACAAUCAGUACAAAAUCAUGGAGUACACAAAGCUUUGGUGAGGUUCAUUUAUUAUCUUGCUGAAAAUGAAGCACUAAAAGUUCAAACUGCCUGUUUUCAGCUGCAGAGAGAAACUGUUAAGCACACUCGAAGGAAGCAUGUUUCCUCUGUCUGCAAAAACAUGAUAGCUGAGUCAAAGAUGCAUACUGCACAGUGCACAAGGAGUCCCAGAUGUCUAUGGAAAGUCAGCUGACCUGACACUUGAGAGCAUGUCUGAGAUCACCAGUGUGCUAACUAUUAAUAAUAAAUGCAACCUGCAGAACACGUGAAGCAAAGUUGAUGAUGUAAACAAAAAUAGGCUUGUGUGCUGAGGUUGCAGCAGCGUUUCAAUCCAUUGCAUCAUCACAGCAAUGUUAGCUAUCAAAGAAUACCCAGUGAACAGGCCAUUACACUCAGUUUUUGUCAUAAAGCCAGGAUUUAGAGUGAUUUAUGUUUUGGAAGGGUCCAAAACUGCUGGGCUGGUAGCCUCUGGUUAUAGUUCAAGUAGUUCAAGCAUUAACACUUGGCUUGACCUUUUGACCAUUUGGCCUUUUUGACAGGUGGAUAGCAUAAAACGCAGACACAGAGCAGCGCGUUUGGCACGUGUGCAGGAACGGCUUGCCCAGAGAAGACAGCAAGUACCAAAGGCUUAUUAUUCACAUGACUCAGCUGAAGGCCAGGAACUCUCUCAGCGCUGGGCAUCUCCAUGGUGCGACUCUGCCAGCAUUCUCCAUAAGCGCCAAAAGAAGCGAUCCAGUGAGAGUCCACAGGUGCUCACCUACCAUCAGAUUCCUCUGCUGACACUGGACUGGAAUGAUGACAAAAUCCAAAAGUGGGGGUCUGCUGAUGUGGAUGACAUCUGGACUGGAGGAACUAAAAUCACCUUGUCAAAAGCAUCAGUGGAAGAUAAAAAUGAAGCACCUUCUGUUGGUGAAAUGUGGGAGACCUUCCAUAAUGGCACAGAUGAUACCACUGAUAAAGGAUCCUCUGUGUGCGAAGUAUGGCAGGCAUUCCUUAACGGGGCGAGUUGUACCGACCACUCUGGUGUUCCAGAGUCAGAAUGGCUGCAGACAGCUACUUCAGUGUCUCCCUCAAAUGAUAAAAAGCCCAAGGCCCAAUUUGCAGUCAAGAGUGAGAAUUUCAGGGGGGGAAAGGAUCCACCCACCACCUUAAAUUCGCACACCUCAGCUGUCUGUCAGCUGCUGUCAGACUCUUUCCAAACACCUUUGGCUUUCGCUGCCUUGAACGUCGAAGACCACCAGCCAGCAGAGGCAUGUGUCAGCAGCCGGAGAGAUGACAAACCAGCGACGCAAGAGGCACCCCAAAGGUCACAGACAAACUCAGUAACAGACAUGCCACAGGAAUUUAGCCUCAAGGGGGCGACGCUUGUGUCCGAGGGAUCUGUUGACGGUUCAACUGAGUGUCACGAGCAUGCGAAGUGGGAGCGGGAAAAGGAAGGAAUAAUAGGAAGUGCAGAAGGCAAAGGAAGAGAUGUGCCCCUUCCAGAAGACACAGAUGACUUUGUAACAAGCUCUGGGGAGUCAGUGACAACAGACUUGACAGAAACGCCAGAGUCUCCGAAUGCCAGCGCCGUUGAUAGGAUCUCACAGGGAGCAAAGCUAGAUGGAGGUCUUUCUUACAGCGGGGAGAGCGAGGUUACAGGUACUGCAGACAAUGCGAUGGAUGACACACUGGCAUUUCGGGGGACAAUCAAACAAGGGACAAAGGACGGGGAGAGGUUUGUCUUUCCAACAUCCAGACAGGGAGAGGAGAAAGGGAUCAUGAAUAACUCUACAGCAAAUAGUGUUUCCACACAGAAGGAGGUAUUUAGGCCACAGGAAACUGAAGGGUGUGAAAUCUCCCAGAGGUAUGCAGAUGAAAAGCAUCAUGAGGAAUUCAGGCUGAACCAAAACAGAGAAAAUCCAUUACAGAGGAAAGAGGGCGAUGAAAAUGAAACAAGACCUGCUCAGUCGCAUCCAGAUGAACUCAAUCCAAACCAAACCUGUGAGGACAAUCUCAAGCAAAGCCAAAGAAGUGAGUUCAGAUUGGAUGAAUCAGAGAAGGAUGGAGUAUUUGAAAAGACAAGGGUGGAAACGUCCCAUCGUACAGAUGGAGAAACAAAGAGAGCAGUGGGUGCAGGAACUGAAAAUAGUGGGGUAUCAAAUGUGGAAGCAUGUCAGCACGUUGACAAGGCUUUAAAGCUAAAUUCUCACAGCACAUCAAUAAAAGCAGAAGUGUAUAGAAGACAGUCAAGGCCGAUGCAAGCAAGGGAAGAGCCGUGCGAUCUGGAAAAUGUUGGAUUGAAAUCUGAAACUGACGAAUAUGCAUUCAUCCCAAAUCAGGAGGACGAAGGACUAAGUUUGAGCUGCGAUGAAAUCAUUGGGAAGCCAUUUGAUAUAACACCCUCAGCACAGACAGAUGAACCAAAGGAAAUAAUAGAGGUCUUUUGUGACCAUUAUACUCUGAGAACUUUUCCAAUUGAGGUGGUAGAGAUGAAAUGGAACUUUUCACAGGAUGAUUUGAGGGGUCAGAAAGAGGAUGGAGGCAAUGAAACAAGAAGAGAAGUUAUGGCAAAGGAGAGUGUUGCGAGGGAAGACAAUUCAACAGAACUUCAACGCCAGCCUGAGUUAUUAGAAAUAAUAGAGGAAGAUAUGAGUCAGGGAGACAAAGAUGAGAGGGAGAGUAUUGGGAAGCUGAAAAUAGAAGCGCAGGGGGAGUUGAUGGGUAAUGUGGAGAACCCUCAGGGGGAGAGGAAGAAUGCACCAGCCGGAUUGGAAGAACAAGAGUUGUCAGCAGAAGUUGAGAGCUCUCCACGUGUUGAAUGUAAAAAAUUGUCAGAGGGAACAAAAGAGCCUAUUAAAGCAGAAAGUACUGAGGCGCUUGAAGUGAUAGAAUCAGGAUUGAUAGUGGAAAGAUUUGGAGAAGAUUUGGUGCAAACGAUUUGGGAGGAGGUGUUUGAUUGGAAGGUGCAGGUUUGUAAGAGAGACACAGGAAUAACUGAUGAAAUGGAGGGUGAGCAGAUAGAUUUGCUGGAUAUGACGCAGAACUGUCAUCUCCUCUUUGAGAAAGACUCAGAUGAUGCUUUUGAUUCGGGCGUGUUUUCCCUGAUAGAAUCACCAACAGAUCCAAGUUUAAGCGUCUGCCAAGGCUUAGAACAAACCUCCACAUUUAAAAGCAAUGAUUGCUUCUCCAGAGAAACGAAAGAGCCACUCUCAACGGCAGAACAAACUCACCUUAUCUUAGACGAUUCACAGGCGCAGACAGAUUCGAAUUCAAGUACUCAUCUGAGUCAAGAUCUCAAUCCCAUCUUGGCUGCUAAGAGUUGGCAGUCAUUGACUGACCCAGCCCAAAGCUCUCCCAAGGAUCAAGAAAACUACCCUCAGAUGAAGGAAAGAUCAGUCCUCUUUAAGGAGGCCAUCAGACCAACAGAGGAGUGGGAGAGCUGGAAUCAAUCAGCCAGCCACCCAGCUCACCGAGUUCAGAGCUCCUCCUCAGAGAAAUCCAAAGAGUCUAACCGUCUUGAAUGGUGGGGUAUGUUGCACAUCCUCAGUCACAUCACCAGACUUAUUAUCUGCAUCAUCUUCGUGGCUGGAUUCUUCUACAUCGUCUUCCUGUAUGAUUUACCAUCAUUCAUUGCACUAAACAUAUUUUCAUUGUGCUGUUGGUUCUCACAGUGGAAGAGACAUCGAGUGACGACAGACAAGAGGAUGGUGGGAUAA